AAUAUUGAGGAAACUAAAGAAAAUGACAGAAGAGGAGGAGCAUUGGAAAUCAAUGCCUCACCCUCUUCGCUCCCAUCUUCGUCGAGCCAAGAAUUCGUCGUACUCGAAAUCGAAAAGCCGCUUUCCGAUUUCAAAUCGUCCUCCGACAAUCAGGCAACCCUCCACGAGGCUCCUUCCACUUUCCUCGCAGGGGGCGAGGGGGGCGAUUACCCCCCAAUUCGUAGCUUCGACGACUUCAAGAAUUUGUUCCACAUUGAAUCGGUGAAACUGUGGGCUAUUGCAGCCCCCAUUGCCUUCAACAUUCUUUGCAACUACGGCAUUAAUUCGUUCACCAGCAUCUUCGUCGGACAUAUCGGAGAUUUGGAGCUUUCCGCCGUCGCCAUUUCUUUAUCCGUCAUCGCAAACUUUUCGUUCGGAUUCAUGCUAGGUAUGGCGAGUGCACUCGAAACGCUAUGCGGGCAAGCAUUCGGGGCAGGCGAAAUAAAAAUGCUGGGAGUAUACAUGCAACGAUCCUGGAUAAUUCUGACGUCGGCAUGCGUCUGCUUAUUACCGCUCUACAUUUUCUCGACACAAAUCCUGAAGCUGCUAGGUCAACGCAACGACCUAGCCGACAUAGCCGGGAGAUUCUCUCUCUACAUAAUCCCUCAGAUGUUCUCUCUCGCCAUAAACUUCCCGACGCAGAAGUUCCUGCAGGCGCAGAGCAAAGUCGGUAUUCUUGCAUGGGUAGGGUUCUUCUUCCUCGUUCUACACGUGGCGAUACUGUUCUUGUUCGUUCGGGUUUUCAAGUGGGGCUUAGCUGGCGCGGCCGUGGCUUACGAUAUAUCGGCUUGGGGGAUUGCUUUGGCUCAGGUGGUUUAUAUUGUCGGGUGGUGUCAAGAUAGCUGGUGCGGCUUGUCUUGGCUUGCUUUUAAGGAGAUGUGGGCUUUCGUUAGGCUCUCGAUUGCUUCGGCUAUUAUGCUUUGUUUGGAGAUUUGGUAUUUUAUGAGUAUUAUUGUUCUCACUGGCCAUCUUGAGGAGCCCGUUUUGGCCGUUGGAUCGCUUUCUAUCUGCAUGAAUUUAAAUGGAUGGGAAGGUAUGCUAUUCAUUGGAGUUAAUGCAGCAAUAAGUGUCCGUGUAUCGAACGAGCUUGGAUCGGGGCACCCGAGGGCUGCAAAGUACUCGGUUUUCGUGACGGUAUUCGAGUCUCUACUAAUAGGGUUAUUGAGCAUGGUGCUUAUUAUAGCAACAAAGGACCAUUUUGCAAUACUUUUCACUGAUAGUGAAAGAAUGCAAAAGGCAGUCUCUGAUUUGGCCUAUCUUCUUGCUAUUACCAUGGUUCUCAAUAGCAUUCAGCCAGUUAUUUCAGGAGUUGCUGUUGGAGGAGGGUGGCAAGGGCUUGUAGCUUAUAUUAAUCUAACUUGUUAUUAUAUAAUUGGUCUUCCAAUUGGAUUUUUUCUUGGUUACAAAACAGAUUUAGGUGUACAGGGAAUUUGGAUGGGGAUGAUAUUUGGUACUUUUCUGCAAACUGUAAUUCUUCUCAUCAUUGUAUGGAAAACAAACUGGAAUGAAGAGGUAGAACAAGCAUCGGAAAGAAUGCGUAAAUGGGGUGGACAAGAUUUGGAUUCCGACGGGAAGUAACAAUCCAAGACGGAAUUGUUACGAAUACUCGUGCUUCUUUGUGAAUAUGUUGUAAACGGAUUGUGUCAAACCGAAUGUAUCAUUGUUUAAAUUUGUUGGAAUUUUUAUCGAGCUCCAAAGUUACGAGCUAUGUUUGAUAAACAAUUGAAUCGAGCUCGAACAGGUUUCUAACUUAGGCGAACAUGAAUUGAGCUCGAGUAAUUUAAUUUCUAUGUAUAUUUUAAUAAGUUCUAUAAUGAAA